GAUGUCCUUGGCUGUGUCUGUGUUCUGAAAUAAGAACAUGGAUAAUCAGGCUGUCACAGUUCAUAGCAAAAAGUGGAGUGGAUGAGUCAUUGAGCUUUUAAUGACUUGGGAUAAUAAGUGUGGAGUGAUAAAGACAGAUGUAGACAGCAUUCUUUAUUAGUAUUUGUGCAUGUUCGUAUGAGAACACUGAGGUGUAGAUAAACCAUUUUUGUGAGGAUUAGCCCUCAUUCUGAGGGAAGAGAGAUUUUUUAAGUUGGUGGGUGGGGGUAAUGCAGCAGUACUGCCAUGAGGUUCUGUGUUUUAGUGUUUGUGCCUUCCAGUGGCAGCAGUCCUCUGCAGUCCCUGUAUUUCUCAAGCCCUCACAAGAACUUAGGAAUUAAAUUUUUAAAAUAAUGUGUUUUCUUAUAAAGAGGUUUACAAAGCUAUUCUAGUAAUCUGUAGGAACCUUUAAAAAGGCUAGGCUCAGAUUUGGAUAGCUUGUAGGCAGUGCAUGGUGGUUCCUCUAGGAGCAAGGUCUGGCCUUGUGGGAGGUUGGGCGUUUGGCCUUUGCAACCCUGCUGCCCUUUCUCCCCGCUGCUGCAGAGUUCUCUGGUGCCAAGCUGAGGAAGGAGGAGGAGCUCUUGUACUGCAUGGGUCUGUCUGUUGGGGUGUCAGUGUGUUGGGCUGCCAGGCACUCCUGAGAGCAGGCCUGAGAGGGAGUAGGAUCCACAGUUAAAUGGGUUGUUACCAGUCAGCUUUGGGGAAUGGGAGGCUUCAUUCUCAGAGCCUUUGUGGUCGUGAUGCUGGAUCACCACAAGAGGUGUGUAGCAAGAGGGCUCUAACUUGCAGGGGUCGAACAGCAUUCGCACUCAUCAGGAUGGAAGGUCAGCUGUGUAGAGAUCUUGAGUCAGUUGAUCUACUAACUUAGGUGAUGAUGGGCAUCUGUGUCCAAGUGGGACUUGGCUUCAGCUGGAGCCCAGGUGGCUGAAGGCACUUGAUGUGAUGAAAGGGAUCACAGACUUCUUUGAGGCUAAAUCUGACAGAGCGAGGCUUAGUCUGGAGCAAGGUCUUUGGGGAAUGGCAGCGUGGGUGCAGAUGGCUCUGUGACCGCUGUGAAGUGUGCGUAUCGGACACCAAUCUUAGCCUUCAGCACCUGCUGAAACAGAAAUCUGCAUUUAGAGCAAUCAGCUGUGAAUCCCAUUCAUUCUGGAAAUAUCCUGUGCAGUUUGUGUAUCUUCUGCUCUGGUCCUCCCCUUCUUCCAGCAUCCACCCUCACAAUGAGACAGCUGGUGAGAGCAAGAGGGAGACAGCUCAAGUGCCAGCUGAGGGGAGCUGCAGCAGCCGGGCCCGGCGCAGCGCUGGCCCCGGCCUGGCCCCGGAGCCGCGGCGGGUCCUGCCCGGCCGGGGCCGCUGGAGGGCAGUGGUCGCAUGCCCGGCGAGGAGAGCACACAGCCCAAAGAGUGCUGCCAUCGCCUUUACGGGCUGAGACGCUCCAAACUCACAGAAUUUAACAUAACCUGAGCUCAGUCCAGUGGCUGCCCAAAGGCCCUGUUUCAGCAGAUGUGCCUGGCAGGAGCAGCGGUGCUUGAUUUAUGUCAGAUUUCACGCUGUUGGCCCACAAUACAAGAUGUAUCUUUGACCUCUGGUGCCCACAUUUUGCUCAGGGCAUGGAAGAGGGGAAGAAAGAGGCUGCUCUAACUGGCAGGUUCUCCCAACCAUGUGUCCUUCCAGCAGCUAUGUGGGUGUCAUGGGGAUUGAAGUUUUUAAUAAGCGACCGUGACAGAGACCCGCAGUGUAACCUGCACUGCUCCAGGUCCCAGUCCAAAGCGCUGUGUGCCUCUGAUGGCAGAACCUACGAGUCCAUGUGCGACUACCAGAGAGCCAAGUGCCGUGAGCCGAGCCUGAGCGUCACACAUCGUGGCCGCUGCAAAGAUGCUGGCCAAAGCAAGUGUCGAUUAGAGCGAGCUCAAGCGCUGGAACAGGCAAAGAAGCCUCAGGAAGCAGUCUUCAUCCCAGAAUGCAAUGAGGAUGGAUCUUUCAUGCAGGUGCAGUGCCAUACCUACACUGGAUACUGCUGGUGUGUGACACCUGAUGGAAAGCCUAUUAGCGGCUCUUCUGUACAGAACAAAACUCCUGUAUGUUCAGGUUCUGUAACUGAUAAACCAUCGAGCCAGGGUAAUUCGGGAAGGAAAGUUUCUUUUCGAUUCUUUCUAACCCUCAAUUCAGAUGAUGGUUCGAAGCCAACGCCUACCAUGGAAACCCAGCCUAUUUUCGAUGGAGAAGAAAUCACAGCACCCACCCUUUGGAUUAAGCACUUGGUCAUCAAAGAUUCCAAAAUGAACAGCUCUAAUAUAAGGAAUUCAGAAAAAGUUCACUCCUGUGACCAGGAGAGGCAGAGCGCCUUGGAGGAGGCCAGGCAGAACCCCCGGGAGGGUAUCGUCAUCCCCGAGUGCGCUCCUGGAGGACUUUACAAACCAGUGCAAUGCCACCAGUCGACUGGGUACUGCUGGUGUGUCCUGGUGGACACGGGACGUCCCCUGCCUGGUACUUCCACACGGUAUGAGACCCCAGUGUGUGAAAGUGAUGCCAGAUCGAAGAGCACAGAGAUUGAUGAUCCCUUCAAGGACAGGGAACUUCCAGGCUGCCCAGAAGGGAAGAAAGUUGAAUUUAUUACCAGCUUACUUGAUGCUCUGACUACGGACAUGGUACAGGCUAUUAACUCAGCAGCACCUACUGGGGGUGGGAGGUUCUCUGAGCCAGACCCCAGCCACACACUAGAGGAGCGAGUGGUACACUGGUAUUUCAGCCAGCUGGACAACAACAGCAGCAAUGACAUCAACAAGCGGGAGCUAAAGCCUUUCAAACGUUAUGUGAAGAAGAAAGCCAAGCCCAAGAAAUGUGCCCGGCGUUUCACUGACUACUGUGACCUCAACAAGGACAAGUCCAUCUCGCUUCAGGAGCUGAAAGGGUGUUUGGGAGUCAGCAAGGAAGGAGGUAGCCUGAGCAGUUUGCCCAAUGGAAAAAGACAAGGCCUUAACCCUUUCAUAGGUCGCCUGGUGUAGCAGCAGAAGACAAGAAGGGAAGGCAGGAGCUGACCCAAAGGAAGAAGAGAUCCAGUGACAGACGGACAGACACCUUGCUGCUUGUGAGCAAGCACGCAGCAUCAGCAACAUCCAGCGUAGCAGAAGUGGCACCCAGAACGUUUGCACUUUUAAAAAAUUGGUUUGGAUUUUUUUUAAUUGCUUUUCAAUGCCAUUAUCUAAUACUUUGGAAAGUGGAGGGAAGCAGGAUCAUGACUUUUUAAAAUUGGAACAGCUACUGAUGAUGUAAAAUUGAGUUCACUGGAACUCAAAGAAUUUUAUAUACUGUAUAUAAAUAUAUAUGUAAAUUGUACAGUUGUCUUGUACAGGGGUUGGAGUCACUGUUCUGUUCCUCCCUUUGCUUUUGAAGGCUGUUAGGGUUAGAGGGACACUUUGCAUUUAAUGGAUUAGAGUAAUGCAUUCAUUUCUGCCACCAAACCAUCAUUCAGUGGUGAGCCUUAACAGCACCUCCAUGCAGGAAGGAGCCAGUGUACCAGCAUGAAUUCUUGCAGAUGUGCACACAGUGCCUCAGAUACCAAAUGCUUCUUGAGAGCAGCUGAACCCCUUUUUUUACCAUAAAGCUCUCUGCAACCCAGGCAAUUGGGCUGGGCAAUUGAGAGCACAGAUUUCAUGUAAGUAUUGGUGCACUGCAAAACUGCUUAAAGUAGGGAUAGAAAAGGGUUCUGUUAGGGAUGUACAACAGUAGUGUGUGCACCUGCUGCAAGUUAGGCAGAAAUUAAAUACAAAUGCAUUGCUAUUCAUGCUCAGAUAACAUGCUUAGCAAAGAUGCUCCGUGCCUCUGGAAUCUAAAGCUGUAAGAAGGAUGUGGGAGCCAUAGGCCUAGUAGAGUCAGUGGAGUGAAGUCUUGCAUCUUCUGCUCUGACAAAGUGUUCAUCUGUAUGUUGUACAGCAAUAAACAUUUGGAGAAGCCUGCUAAAAGCAGCAUUAGCCUGUGUUGUGCUUUGCUGAAGAGCAAAGGACAUACUUGUCAGUGCAGACAGACACAGUUGCUGCUGUCCCCAGGAGUCUGCUUUACUUAUGUUUCAGCAGUACAGCUUGGGCCAUGCUCACUGGUGAAGGUCUGUCAGCAGUGGCUUUCUUGUCCUUGGUGGCUGUGAAUCCAAGCUCUCCUCCUGCACAGUGGUGUGCCUGCCCACUUUGUCUGACUUGCUGUUGCCAGUACCUCCUGGGUGCUGUGACACUGGGGUGUGACUAGCAGUGACAGUGAAGGCUUGGAGAGAGGAGUCUGGUGCUCUUGGAGGCCACAGGAGCUGUGUCAAGCACUAGCAGUUUUAGUAGAGUUGUUUCUUUGGCAGGGGUGCCCAUAUCAGCAAUCCUAGAUUUGGGCAGAGUGUGGUGAGACACGCAGAGUUUUGCUUUGUGUAUUUCCAACCACUGGCAACACUCGCCUGUUCUGAGCAGCCUCCCACUUCUGACCUCGAGAUCCUUCUGCCACUUAUCUCUGGACCAAGAACCUGUUAGAAGAAACUGUAGUGAAGGUGAUGAAAUGACGUGCUAAUAUGAGAUCACACCAACAAUUACUUGUAACAGCAAUAGGUAACUGUAGAGACUGGACUCAUCCUUCAAGGCUCUGUUGUUUUGGUAAAAGAUGAUACAAUGCAGCACCUUCACUCUGUCAUGUCAUUGUGGCAAUAGCAUGAGAUAAAUACAUCACCAAAAUAAAGUGUCCUGAUGCAGUAAGUUAGUGCUUGUUGACAAAAUUGAAAGUUAAAUAAAAGAAAAACUAACAAGCCUUUCUAUAAAUAACUGUUUAAGAGUAGUAAUAACUCUUCCUCUGGGAAGUAUUUUGGAGCUAAUUAAAACAUAUGGCACGGUUAAAAACACUUCUGGUAAUAUCUGAAAUAUACAUCAUACUAUCAUAAUAUAGCAAAGUAAUCUCUUUAGCAAGAGCAGAUCAUGCUGCUGGAUCUUCAUGGUUUCUCACAUACAAUGUAUGUGCUUUUUUGGCCUGCAAGCUCCCACCUUCUUGAUUGCUUCUUCUUAUGUUGUUCUUUUGGGGUUUUUUGUUUGUUUGUUUUGGGGGGUUGUUUUGUUUUGUUUUAAUGCCCUGGGCACAUCUUUUGUGUGUUGAAAUAAUUUGGUUUAGUGUAUAGUUAGAAAUGUCCAUGCCACACUCACUAAUCCUAUUGUAGAGAGUAAAGAAUGAAACCAACUGUAUAAAAAAAACCUCCUCUCCAUUUUAAUAUUCUAGUUUUAGGAAUUAAAAGUUCUGUCUGCUAGGUUGGAUGGUGUUUGGUGGUUUGGAGAUUUUGGGGUUUUUGUGGGUGGGGUUUUUCUUUGUUCAGUUGGGGUUUUUUUUAAUGUAUAGUUCUAUCCAGCAGAAACAGACAAUUGGAUGUCUCUAGGAAUUCUCUCAGCCAAGCACUGGGGCUGGGAAAUGCCCCACAAGAUUGUGAGGGGACUGCAGAGCUGCUAAAACUCACUGCAUUUUCUUCUGGGAAUAAACCAGCCAGUCACCACUCCUGCUUGUUAUAUAAAUCCUUCUGCUGACCUCCUUUUUCUCAUCCUUGUGCCCUUCCCCUCCAAAAGGCCUGCAUUCACAUGUUGUUUGCAACUGAAAUUGGGUCAGUUCUUCAAGGAAGGCACACACAGGGUGCCUGUUGGUUAACUUUGGUAUUUGUGGGUAUUUUUGUUGCUAGGCUAGGGCUGACUUUAUGGAUGGAUUGGGGGCCAGGCAUUACAUUGCUUUCCUCUGUCACAAGACAGUUCCAAGUCCCUGCAUCCUGACUUGCUGAAUUUGCGUGGGUCUCUGAGCAGCUUCUGGCAACACUUGCACGCUGCCAUGGAAGGCCCAACCAGCAUGACUGUGUAAUGUCCAGCAGAGGUCAGGUUUCUUGUUCUGGGUUUGUGUCGGAGGAUUGUGCAGACCAUGCUGGUUCUGACUGACAUAGCCCAUGCUGUGAGCUGUCCAACAACCUGUACUUGUCAGAUGAGAGCAGUGCCUCAGCUGCCUGUUUUCCCUCUCGGUUUUAUUGUCACUCCACCUGGCUGCUAGGCCAAAUCGUCCUCGUCUGGUGGUUGUAAGCAAUCUUCUGCUCUGCCUUGCAUCAGUAGCAUCUUUCUGAAGCUGGGACACAGGGAGUGUCAGUGUUCUCUCUGAAAGCAGACACUGGGCAUGUGUCUCCUCAUCCUUCAAGUCCUGCUGGGCCUCUCCAGCUCUGCUUUGAAUGAUGGCUGAAAACGGCUGGGACAGAGAAGAGAACCAGGACUUGACAGUGCAAGUCAUCUGUUUGUCCUGCCAGAAGUAAAAAAAUCAAUCUUUCUUGCUGAUCUUCCAGGGGCAUAGUGUGUUGUAGGAAACUGCAUUUCAGUGGGAUUCAUUUGUGUGAAGGCACUGCUUUCCAUGGCCUGAGUUUAUAUUGAACUUAUCCUGCCCCCGCGCAUUUCUGCCUCUGGUAAAUUUGUUAAACUGAAAGGCAUCUGUUUGGUUUUGGUUUUGUAAUA